AUGGCACUAAACAGAUUAUUACCAACUCCAACUCGGCUUUCUCAGCACCAACUUGAGACUGAGGAAAGAGCAGGAUCACAGAGAUCAGGGCAGACUGCUCUAGUCUCAUCAAGAGAACCUCCUCCUUAUGGGAAUAGAAAAUGCUGGAUACCUCGUUUGUUAGAGGAUUUUGGAGAUGGUGGUGCCUUUCCAGAAAUACAUGUGGCCCAAUAUCCAUUGGAUAUGGGAAGAAAGAAGAAAAUGUGCAAUGCAUUGGCCAUUCAAGUGGAUGCAGAGGGAAAAAUUAAAUAUGAUGCAAUUGCUCAUCAGGGACAAUCAAAAGACAAGGUCAUUUAUAGCAAAUAUACUGACUUGGUUCCCAAAGAAGUUAUGAAUGCAGAUGAACCAGACCUACAAAGACCUGAUGAAGAAGCCAUUAAAGAGAUAACAGAAAAGACCCGAGUAGCCCUAGAGAAAUCUGUGUCUCAGAAGGUUGCUGCUGCUAUGCCAGUUCGAGCUGCAGAUAAACUAGCUCCAGAUCAGUAUAUCCAGUACACACCAUCUCAGCAAGGAGUGGCUUUCAAUUCUGGAGCUAAGCAAAGACUUAUUCGAAUGGUGGAAAUGCAAAAAGAUCCAAUGGAGCCUCCAAGAUUCAAGAUUAAUAAGAAAAUUCCUCGUGGACCUCCUUCUCCUCCUGUACCUGUCAUGCAUUCUCCUAGCCGAAAGAUGACUGUGAAGGAACAGCAAGAGUGGAAAAUUCCUCCUUGUAUUUCAAACUGGAAAAAUGCAAAGGGCUAUACUAUUCCAUUAGACAAACGUCUGGCUGCUGAUGGGAGAGGACUGCAAACAGUUCACAUUAAUGAAAACUUUGCCAAACUCGCUGAAGCUCUCUACAUCGCUGAUAGAAAGGCUCGUGAGGCAGUAGAGAUGCGUGCUCAAGUGGAGAGAAAAAUGGCCCAAAAAGAAAAGGAGAAACAUGAAGGGAAGCUUCGAGAAAUGGCCCAGAAAGCUCGGGAGAGGAGAGCUGGAAUCAAGACCCAUGUAGAAAAAGAGGAUGGAGAGGCUAGGGAACGGGAUGGAAUAAGACACAAGAGAUGCAAAGAAAGACAGCAUGACAGGAAUCUUUCCAGAGCAGCUCCUGAUAAGAGAUCAAAACUCCAGAGAAAUGAGAAUCGAGAUAUCAGUGAAGUCAUUGCUCUUGGUGUGCCCAAUACUCAGACUUCCAAGGAAGUUCAGUAUGACCAGAGACUAUUCAACCAGACUAAGGGUAUGGACAGUGGUUUUGCUGGUGGAGAGGAUGGAAUUUAUAAUGUUUAUGAUCAAGCAUGGAGACAUGGCAAAGACAUGGCCCAAAAUAUCUACAGACCCAGCACAAAUCUGGACAAAGACAUGUAUGGUGAUGACCUAGAGGCCCGAAUAAAGACCAACAGAUUUGUUCCUGAUAAGGAGUUCUCUGGCUCAGUUCAUAGGCAGAGUGCCCGAGAAGGACCAGUUCAAUUUGAGGAAGAUCCCUUUGGUCUAGACAAAUUUUUGGAAGAAGCCAAACAGCACGGAGGGUCUAAAAGACUCUCAGAAAGUAGUCACUCAAAGAAACAUGAACAUGAAGGCAAGAAGAGGAGGAAGGAGUGA